UGCGUAAAUUAAUUUGUCUGUCUGUUGAUUGUGGCUGCGAAUUUCUGCGUUCUAUAAUUUUUUUAUGCGUUUUAAGCAAAUUUGCAAGUGUCAAAAAUGCAAAUACAGUGUGUUAUAAAUAAAUAGCUAUUGCUGUUGUCAAAUCACGUACGUGUGCAGCUCAAUUAAGCUGUGUUUACAGCUGGCUAGGCUCCCAGGCAAUUUCUAUACAUGAGAACCAUGACAAAAGACUACGACUAUUUGUUAAAGGUGCUCUUGGUGGGCGAUAGCGAUGUGGGCAAACAUGAAAUACUCUCCAAUCUCGAGGAUCCAUCCACAGAGAGUCCCUUCUGCAGUGGCAAUGACUGUAACUCUUAUAUAUUUCAAACGUUAGCGUAUAAGACGACAACAAUAUUGCUGGAGGGCAAGCGUGUGAAGCUACAAAUCUGGGACACUUCUGGUCAAGGACGUUUCUGCACAAUUAUACGCUCGUACUCGCGCGGCGCUCAGGGUAUUAUUUUAGUAUACGAUAUAACAAACAAAUGGAGCUUCGAUGGCAUCGAUCGCUGGCUGCACGAAGUGGAGGAGCAUGCGCCUGGCAUACCCAAAGUGCUGGUGGGCAAUCGCCUGCACUUGGCCUACAAGCGUCAGGUGGCAGCCAAACAGGCAGAGAUUUACGCCUCACGCAAGAACAUGUCCUGCUUUGAGAUAUCGCCGCUCUGCGAUUUCAAUAUACGUGAAUCGUUUUGCGAAUUGGCGCGCAUGGCACUGCAUCGCAACGGCAUGGAGCAUAUAUGGCGCAGCAAUAAAGUGCUGUCGCUGCAGGAGCUCUGCUGCCGCACCAUAGUGCGUCGCACCAGCGUCUAUGCAAUCGAUUCGCUGCACCUGCCGCCCUCAGUGAAGUCGACACUCAAGUCCUAUGCUCUGACCACGUCACAGUGCUAUAAUUCGUUAACACAAAACUCAAAGAGUCGGAAUCGCUGCAAGACGCCGACCAGCAACAGUCGCAACAGUUGUGCGAUCGCGUGAUUGCCGGCUCGAAGGCGGUUCUCGGAUCUGCCUACGCAGCAGCAGCUGCGUAAAAAACUAUUCUACUUAUACUUGUAACUUUAAGCACACACACACACACACACACAAUCAAACACACAUACACACACACCAAAACAUAACUAUUACAACUUACAAAUCUUUUGGUCAUCAGCAUUAAUAUUUAUUACCGUUUGAACGCGUUG